CUGGAUGCUUUUGGCUAGGUUGGACACGGCCUUAUUAGGACAUGAUUUGGUUCUGGGUGUGGAGUGUGACACAAACUGCAUUUUAGUACACUUUUGCAUUCUAAUGUUGGCCAGCUGACAGGGCAGGUCUACCAUGAGGAAGAGGUAGGCAAACAUUUCAGGUGGCAAGUGCUGGCUGGGAGGCCUCCCUCAGGGCCGGUAUCCCUUCCCUUCCUCCUUGCAUGCCCUGCCAUUCCUGUCUCUUGGGGGAAAGAGCCGCGUGUGGCCCAGAGCCUGUCCAGUAGCGCUCUGCUCUGCUGCUGUCAAGAUGUGACACUUGCCCUGUUUUUGUGCUGAGGUUCCUCUUCCAGAUAAAACUAAAUGAAGAGCAGAACUGAAAGGCAAUCAACACAAAAGGCAUGUCUGGAACUUGUAAAAUCUUCUGAGAAGUCCUACAAUCAGUUAAAAACAGUGUUAGACUAAAACAAGCAACAGAGGACUCAAGACGUUUCUCUUGCUCUCUCUUUAAAAAUGGACCUGUCCCAUAAAUUCUCCAGGAAAGAGCUCACUCUGCUGUACGAAGAAGUCCUGUAUACCAUUCUCCAUCGCUUGGGCAAACCAGAACCUCACCAUGUGGCUGACCCGGAUGAGUUGUAUGCCUACGUGCAAAAGGCCUUCAAUAUGGACCCAGAAGAGCAUCGUAUCAUACUACAGAGGGUCAAAGAGCUGAUGAAACCCAUUUUUUGUCUGAAAGCAACUGUGAAACAAGCAAGAGGGAUUCUGGGUAAAGAUGUCAGCGGAUUCAGUGACCCCUACUGCCUGCUAGGGAUAGAAGCAAAAAGUCAGGGGUCUUCUUCCAAUGACAGUGCUCUUCAAGAGAACAAGAAACGGCCAAAGGCUGUGGUGAGGAAAUUGAUCCCUGAAGACCAGACCCAUCGCACCCAAAUCAUCAGUCAGACGCUGAAUCCUGUGUGGGAUGAGACUUUUAUCCUGGAAUUUGAAGAUAUAGAGAAUGCCAGAUUCCAUCUGGAGAUGUGGGACUCUGAUGAUGUUGAAACUGUUACCCACAAACUGGGAGAACUCACUGACCUUCAUGGCCUAAAAAGAAUUUUUAAGGAGGCUCGGAAAGACAAAGGGCAAGAUGACUUCCUGGGGAAUGUGGUUAUUCGGCUGCAGGACCUCCACUGCAAGGAUGAUAAGUGGUACAAGCUGGAACCUCGCACAGAAACCUAUCCUAACCGAGGACAUUGCCACCUGCAAUUUCUUUUAAUUCAUAAGAAGAGGGCCACCUCAGCCAGUAAAAAGCAGCCAAGCUACACAAUCCACCGGAACCUUCUCCAGCAGAUGGUUUCAUAUGACCUCCUUCAGCAUCAGGCUGGCAGUACUUCCUGGGAUGGAGAGUUGACCAAGCAGGCCAGCACAAUCCUGUAUCUACAUGCUACGCAGAAAGAUAUUUCAGAUUUCCAGCAGGUCUUGGCACAAUGGUUGGUUUACAGCAGGCUAUACCAAAUCUUAGAGUUCAACAGCACCUGUCUGCUUCACCAGAUCAUCAGCAUAGAAUACCAGUGGCUACAAGGACGAUUAAGACCUGAACAGAGAACAGAUCUGGAGGACUCUUUCCGGUCUUUACUGUCCUAUGGGAUUUCCGUCCUCCGGAGAUACCGGAUGGUCUUCCCACUUUCCGCCUCCACAUCGACGCAGAGACUAAAAUUGCUGCUCAGAGUCUUGGUCCAGAUGUGUAAAAUGAAAGCCUUCAGAGAAUUGUGCACAGAGACCCCCAACCUUUCGGAGAUGGUAAAAGAGGCGCUCAAGGCUGGAACAACUGAGUGGUUUCAGAUGAAGAAGCAACAGCUGAAGCCAAUGGUGAAGACUAUGGAGGAGUGUGGGAAGGCUCUGGUCACCCUUCUUGUGGAGGUCAAUGCGGAUCUUCAGCAAUGCCACAAAACCUGGAACACAUAUUUCCUCAGUGCCCUGAGAGUGGAUCUCUUCUCAAUUGCGUAUCUUGAAAUGCAGGAGCAGGUUUCCUGUUACCUCAAGGAGCAGCUGAACAAAAUGGACAGUGGCAUAUCUCAGCUCACAGCAGAAAGCCUUUUCCAGCUCUACCUCAGCCUGAAGGAACUCUAUUCCCUGAGGGACUUUGUGAGCCACAGGGAAGGACCACUUGCAUUAGCAAACUUCCACCAGUGGUUUCAGGAGGUCAUCCCCAAAUGGCUCCAGAAGACUUACACGAUAGCCCUAGAAAGGACUCAGAGGGCUGUCCAAGUAGACCAGCUGAUACCAGUGGGAGAGCUGAAUAAGCACAGUACGUCUACUGUGGACUUAUCCACUUGCUAUGCUCAAAUGGUAAAGACCUGGCAGCAGCUGGACUGGCCAGAUCCUGAAGAGGCCUUCAUGAUCAUGGUGAAAUUUGUUGAGGAUAUCUGUAAAAUCUCUCUCAUGUACUGCCGGCUGAUCAAGAACAGGGCGGAGGAGUUGUCACCAAACCAGCGCGAAGAAGGAGAAGCUGCGAACAGGUUGUGCGUUGUGGUCAACAACAUCGAGCAGCUUCACAUGAUGAUCCUCAAGUUGCCCUCGCAGCUGGACUGGGCAGGCCUAGAGCAGAAGGUUGGACAAGUCAUUGCCCCGGAACAGAUCCAGCACACCCUCCACCACCAGCUUGAGGCCACCGUCAUCUCUCUUAACAAUGAGAUCCGAAGUGUGGUCCAGACCCUGGCAAUCAAACUAGAUGCUGGAAUUGCCAGAUAUAUCCAGGAAUUGUCAGCUUCCAGUGACUCCCAGGACCCAGAGGAGUGCAUUACCCCUUUAAUGAAGUUCUUGGAAAGUGAACUGCAGUACCUAAAUGGGAACCUGGUUCAGGAGAACUUCAAGAGUUUGCUGGAGCUUCUGUGGAAUCGCACCCUGGACCUGCUGAAAGGGGCUACAAGACAGCAAGUUGGCAGCUUGAGGUACUUCAGGAAAUUGCAGUUUGCCCUCCAGAGCCUGGAGCUGUGUUUCCAUGCAGAGGGCUGGGGGCUGCCAAAGGACACCCUUCACACUCCAGCAUUCAUGGUUCUGGAGAAAGAGCUAGACCUUUGCUCUUCCACCAGCAGAACCCUUAUCCAGAAGUAUUUCAUUGCUCGAAUCCAGCAGCAGAUGGAAGCAACUCCUGAAAAAUAUGGGGCUGUGACCAUUAAAGCAAUGUAUCGCCUUUCCGAACAGAAGCUACACAUUGACGUGCUCAGUGCUAUGAACCUCCUUCCCAUGGAUUCCAAUGGCUCAAGUGAUCCCUUCAUCCAGCUAACUCUGGAACCACGGCAUGAGUUUCCUGAGGUUGUGGCACGGACAACACAGUGCAUCAAGAACACUCUCCACCCACUGUUUGAUGAAGUUUUCGAAUUUUUGGUCCCGCCAGAUAAAUGCCAACAAAAUGGGGCCUGCCUGAUGCUCACAGUAUUUGACUAUGACACCUUAGGAGCCAAUGAUCUGGAAGGAGAAGCCUUCCUCCCCCUCUGCAAUGUGCCGGGACUACAUGAGAAUGAGGAAACUAUCAACCCAUUUGGCGUGCCACAGACCCGUUUACCUUUGACUCAUCCUGGAAGUACUGGCAAUGACAUCCUGAAGCUGCUGGAGACCCGAAAAGGAGACAAGGAAGCCCAGGCCUUUGUGAAGCUCCGCCGGCAACGGGCCAAACAGUCCAAGGAGAUGGCAUGAGGGCAGCCAAGCAAGAGGGAUUUUAAAAAGCAAGGGUUUGGCUGAGGGGCAGCACUACUAGGCGCUACCAUGGCAAUAGCCAAUCACACACUUUGGGAGCAGGAAGCCAUUUUAGGCGGUGUGGAUAUUUGUAUUGGGAGGUUUUGAUGCAACCGACAUGGGGCAUUCGGGGCAGGCCCAGCAGCUCUUUGUCUGUGUCAGCCAAAGAGCAGCAGUCCGCAGAAGGGCUCAGUUGUGUUUGGAUGAAUGUUGGCUCUGUUUCCACACAAGGGGGCUAGGAGAAAAGAGCUGUGCUCCCUUUCCUCCCCAGCGCUUUUAUUUUUUUUUGUUUGCAGCAGAAUUUUGAAAUAAAUGAAAUCAUAGUACUAUCAGGAGAUCCUA